AUGAGUCUCAAAAAAAUCAUCGAUGUAGGUUCAGUGAACAGUCUACUCAAAAAAGGAAUUAUCAACAAAGAAGGGGUUCGAAUCAUCGAUUGCUCUUUUGCUGUAGGUCCCAGACCAGAUUGGAAAGAGUUUGAACAAGAAGGAUAUGGAGAGUUCAAGACACUUAUGGCUGCGCCCAGUCCAAGCCGCAAACUAUAUCAAACCGGUCAUAUUCCUGAAGCUGUUCACUUCGACCUCGAUAUUGCAACUUAUCCUUCAAGAUAUCAAAGAUUCCAACAAUAUCGUGCUGACCUCUUUGAGAAGUACGCUCAAUUAGUUGGAUUGAACAACAAGGAACAUUUCAUUUUUUACGGAAAAGGCGCUUUCGGAGGAAUGCUUUUUGCAUCAAAAGUCGCAUGGAUUUUCAAGUCGUAUGGACACGAAAACAUCUCACUCGUAGACGGAGGAUUCGAUUCGUGGAAAAGAAAUGGCUUCGAUGUCUCGACAGAAGAUGUGAAAUUACCGACUGGAACCUGGAAAGCUGAAGAUGAAUUUAAGAAAUAUGUUAUCACAUUCCAAGAAUUGGAAGCCAAAAAAGAAGGAGAAGAGAAACAGUUCAUCGAGAAGACAUCUGAAAUAAAUUUCUUGGAUAGCAGAAUUCGAGGACAAUUCGAAGGUACUCAAGAGACCGGACUCGAUCCUCAUCUUGUCAACGGAUCGCGAAUUGCUGGCUUCAAGAAUUUACCAAGCUCAGAGCUGCUAUCAAAGAAUGGAACUUUGAAAAGCGAAGAUGAGAUUCGUUCGUGGAUCACUGAAAAUGGCUAUGUCGAAAAUCAACCUGUCAUCACGUCUUGCAACGCUGGAAUUCAAGCUGCGCUUCUCGCAUAUGUCAUUGACGCUGUUAAACCCUCGUCAGUGCCUCCACGUGUUUACAACGGAUCUCUGAAAGAAAUGGAACUGAGAGCACCGAAGAAGAUUUCUGAAGGACCUCAACAUUUGCCGCACUAG